GACAUGCGGCUUUCUGACGAGCUCAACCCCAUCACGAUCAUGUGGGCGCGGCGGAAGGCUGGGAGAGCUACUCAGGGUGUGCAUGUAACCUCCCGUUGGUCCAAUCCCGAAAGGUGUUGGUUAGGUGGGGUGCAUUGCUUAAUUUAGGGGUCUUGCCACGAUGGCCAACGCUUGAAAGCCCCUCUUGUCAAGGGAUCCAUCUCGGACGGCAUUCCAAGUUCUGGCGGUCGCCCGUGCCUUUUUUCAUGAUGGAUUACCCUUAUAAAACUGUUCGUCACCAUCUGCGUCAUGCAACAACGCUAAAACUCUCCACUGACAUAGACAAUGAUACACCACCCGACGCUGCCACCGACUCGCCAUUACUAGACUCUCCUCAAUCAUCGCGCAGCCGUCCGAUUGCUAUAGAAUUUCCAACCACUAAGAAAGUCACUUCGAACGGGUCAUCAGUAUACACGCCUCCCGCACCUUUGUCUGCUCGUGGAGACCUUCCGGGCGGAUACUUUCCUUUGCACGAAAAGCAACCUCGAGUUUAUCGCAGUCACCCCUUCCACCUCGACGCUUCCAAGGCGCGGAAGAGAUCGAUACAACGUGCCUCGCAGUCAAGUUCUCCAGAAGCUCAGGUGCUACUAUCUGCGCCGACUGUUCCUGGUGUGUUAGCGCCAGCACCAUCGCCGCCAGCGACGGCACCCAUGCUCGUCAUGCCUGAGUCUGUCACAAUGGCGUCGCCCGCCAAUACGGCUAUGUCGACGACUCCUGUCACAUCGUAUAUUCCCAGUGGCGUCCACGCCAAUCCUCUACCUAUGGGUAAAUACUACCCCUCGAAUUACGAGAGCAGAAAAGCCGCCAAGCGAGAGCAGCAACAACAGGGUGUCCGACCGACAUCGAGUGGAUCUUCUACUAUGGCCGCUACCAGGUCUGAUUCACAAAUUCCCAUGUAUCGAGGCGAUUCGCCCUUGGGACACUCGCGCAAUGAGUCGGAGGCCAAGCGAAGAUUACAACAAUACCAACGAGACAUGAUUGCCCAAGCGACACUUGUUCUUAACAGCGGCAACAUCAAUGCCGCCGGUCUGAAUGCCAGCUCGUUAAGGAACAUGGGCUUCAACAGCGUUGCCACGAAGCCGAGUAAGCCCAGAUUGGCACCCCUCGGCAGUCCGGGACCAGUAACACCUAUGGACCUUGAAAGUGGAGAUGACGGAUAUCUCGGCGCGCGGGUACCGGGCUCAAAUGAGGCUGCGCAAGUAGAAGAAAUUGCACGCGCGAUCCGCGCCGACGGAGAGCGACGCCGACGGGAAGGUGCCAACUCACCGGCCGUGGAGGCGGGUCCUAUUUUCUGAGAGCAGUCCGUCUUGCACCCAUGGAACAUUUUUAUUCUUUGG